ACUGUGCAAAUACUCCUCUUACCACUAACGUACAACGUACGUUUCCACCGGAGAUUCUAACAUUCUUUCCCGCCGGCAAUGGCGAAUCCCGGUCAACGGGAAGGGUACAACUUGGAGUACAGAUAUAAGGUUGAUGACUCAUGGUAUAGUGUACGACUCGUGCUAAAAGGCCAAAGGUUGACUGUGAAGUACGAGGGAUAUCCGGAGGAAGUCGACACGAUUUUCGACGUCGGAGACUUCACGUCGAAGGAGGAAGUCGAUGAAUUUGUUGAAAGGUUCAGGUGUGUGUCACCGCAGCUGCAAGAUCGUGAAUGCUGUACUCUCAAGGAAGGUAUGAUCGUCUGUGUUGCCUGUAAUGCUUUCUGUGAGGAUGACAUGCUGUUCUACGACGUUGUUAUUGAAGCGAUACACAAUGUGGACCAUUCAUUUCCCAAUGGAGAGGAGGAGUGUUUAUGCACCUUCAUAAUAUCUUGGCUUCACGGUCCAAAGGAAGGAUGCUUAACCGCUACCAGAAUUGAAGGCAUGUGUACCAUAAAAGGUGUUGCUCAAGUUGAUCCUAAAAUAGCUUCCUUCUUGAAACAGGGAAUUAAUAGUGCCAAGAGUAUCGUUGGUGUGACAUCAGGAGCAACAGACAGUAGUAUAGCAGGGAUAGGGAACAAGACAAAGAUCUUGGAGGGCUAUACCCAAGUUUCUAUCUCAUGCUUAUUGAAAACUUGGAGAGAAACUUAUUACCAUCAUCAUUCAGGGAUUUUAUACAUGAAAAUACUUCUGUUUCAUCAGAAGUAUACAUUUUACCAAGUCUAUCUAUGCCAUAUGCGAGAAGUAUUAUUGCGGUUGAUUGUGAAGCGAAGCUUCAGCAGAUACACCAGUUUUUGGAGAAUCCAUCCCACCUUGUUGUGUCCUCAACUGGAAGGAUAUGCAUCUAGGAUCAACAAGUACGGACAAAGAUCUGAUGGUGGUACAUUCAAGAACAGAAGCAUACAAAAGAGCAAAGCAAUUAAAAGAUUUGUUUCUAGAGUUCACGACUCAUCUAAAGCAACUUUAUAAGAAGUUCUCUGAGGAAGAGAUGAUGAUUGUGCAGACACAGCAACAGUUCAACCAUUCUUUUAUUCAUAGAGCUAGGUGUGAGCCCUAGUAUAUAGUGUUAUAUUGCUCGUGUAUAUCUUGGCCAUUGCAACACGUACGUUCUUGACAGAGAAGUUGUUGUUUUUCUAUAACAUUAGAAGAUUUAUGCUAUUUCAUCUCUCCUUAAAAGGUGAUUUGGUAAAGUCUUGUUCACUGAGCCUCUAAGAAAAUGCCUUUUACGCGACCUUGUUAUAUACAGUAUAGUGAUUUGCCACUAUACUAUGUUGUAAUGGAGAUUUGAGGAGAGAUAGAAACCCUAACUAAUGAGGGAGAAGAGAGAAGAGGAGCGUGAAGAUGAAUGUAACACUGGAAAAAUGAAUACUCUGUAUCUCAUUACUUGUACAAGCUAUGUAUAUA